UUUUUACCUUCAUUCACAUCUCUGCUAGUAGCGCGCGAUUUGCAAAUUAUAUUUUAAAAGAUAAUGAUGGAAGGGUGCGAAAAUACAAACAUAAAUUUCGCAUAUCUUUUAAACUCAGAUCCUACAUUUAUUUCUGCUAAUGUUUCGAAAGCUCACGCCUUCAGCAUAUGUGCUGACGCAGUGGAGCAGGGGCAGGUCACUCCCAGUGAAGUACUUGCAUUGUGGAUGAAUAAAUUAAGAAUUGUUUACAAUUUUGAAAAUUUUUGCGAAGUUGAUUGGAGGCGUUUAACGCUGUGCUGUCAGAAUUACUUCGAUAAAUUCGUGUACAGUGAAACAGAUGUGGAUGGGACAUAUUGCCAGCUGCGGUCCUGGUUGGAAGCAUCAACUAUGUUUCUUGAACAGUUGCACACAGAUGCGAAGAAAAUCCAUUUAACUGGUAUAUGCUUAUUUCUACAGUUUAUUUUGGGCACUGUGCAAAAAAGUUGCACAUUUUUCCGAAUAAAUGGCAGUAAAGUCGAUUGGAAAUCCCAAUUAGGCUCCAUAAACACGCUGCAUAACUGUUCGCUUAAGUUGGUGUGGGAUAGCUUGGAGUGUCGAGAGAAAAUGAGUUCUAUGGAUUAUUGUGCUAUUGUCCCUUUUAUAAAUAUGGUAUGCUUAAAUAUCACACAGGAUUCGUUUAUAGAUAUAAAAACCAAGAUCGAAGCAUGGAAGUAUGUGACAAAAUUCACUGUGGGAUAUGUUGAUUAUAAAAAAGUUUUGGGAGAGUCGCAUUGGCCGCAAUUGCCAAUGAGUGUUUUAAUACACGAAGUGGAAAGGAAUAUACUUGCAAUUUAUAAGAAGGAACUAAAAGAGGAUGUCCAAAAUGUAGAGCAAUAUUUGCGAGUUACUGGUUUUUAUUUAAGAAUAUUACAUAAAAUGACAACAGUUUUUCAGCACUCAGACUUCCCAGUCGCCAAAGACUUUUUUGAUAUUUUGCUCUUAGCGAUGACAGCUCCAAGUUUUCUGCGAAAGAGCAAUGUUUUCGUCUUUGUCAAGAAACAUGUCCUAUCUGGUCUAACAAAUGUACUGCAUCUGGUAUUUAAAAAUAGUGAACUGCAACAGUUGGUAUCAAACCACGUUGGAGAAAGUAAAGACGUUUGUUUCGAUUUGGUUAUGGCUUAUCUUCGUGCCUGUAUCUCAAAUGAUAAUCUGGAGAUCUCUGCCAGUCAUGUUGAAUUAUUUAUAAAAAUAUUCAAAAGAUUGCUUAAAGGUGGAGACAUUUUUGUAGAUGCAGACCAUUUCGAUGAAAUGAUAGACAUUUAUACCGUCUUAACACUCUUGGAUUCUAAACGAGCUUUGCAUCGUAGUAUGCAGCAAUACGUCCUGAAGGGGAACUCUGCAUUAUCAUUCGCAUGUACGGAGGUGCUGAUAUUAGCUUCAUGUUGUUUAGACGAACCAACUGAGCAGGUCACUGAUAAACUAGUAUUCUGGGUCCAAACGAAAAAUCGAUUCGCUCGAUUUUCCUCGAAUUUCAGACGUCUAAACAUUGAGCGGUUGAUAGCUCAUUAUUUCAGGUUAUGCGCAGGGAAAAUUCCUCAAAGUAAAAAUCAGAUUCAACUCGCUGGUCGUGCCUUCUCGUUAAAUAAUUGCAGUGUACUUCGUUAUAUAACUGACGACAGUAAUAAGCCGGCGUUGGAGUCGUCAAAGUUGAAGGUUAACAGCAAAUUAUGUAGGCUGAUGGAAGAAUACGAACACAAUGGAAUGCAUAUUGAGGAUUAUUACGAAAUUGCUGCUAAUAUGUAUGAGCUGAUGAUCUGUAAAGCAGAAAUCUCCAAAGAUUUGCAACAAAAAAUUGCGGACCUGCUAGUGAAAAGUUUGAAAACUUGGAUGAAAAAUUCUCAACAUUCCUUUGACAGGUUAUUGAGUGUUGGAUUAAGAUUAAUGGCUACGUGCAAUAUCACAGACGAAAUGCAGCUAAAAGUUCUUGGACUUUUGAAAGACGCUGUUGCAAGUGGAAUAAAGUUCCCCAUGGUAGCAUUUUGGCGCUUCUUGGAAGUUUGUUGCAACCAACAAAAGCCAUCGAAGGUGUGCAAUGUUGCACAAUCAAUUCUCACUAAUAUAGAAGUGCCUGAGAUCAUUCAAGUUAGUAUUUUCGAAAAAUCAUCACAAUUUACGAGUAGCGUUGCAGUUGAUUCGGAAUGCUAUACAAAUAUAGAAAAUAACAGUAGAUGUACGAUAUGUACGAAAUCGUAUUUUGUGCAACGCAAGCGACCACGCAGAGAAUUUGACUCUGAGGAGUGCGAUUUUGAAGAAAUCAUACAUAACGUCAGCCAAAUGGUGAAAAAAAUUCACGACUUUUCAAAGCAUCUUAAAAUAAGCCACGUCAAACAACUAAAUAAUGUUUGCAUCGAUAUCAAAAAAAUUACUGACAAUCACAAGAAUGAAACAUAACCAGACGUACGUAUUUUAUUGAGGUCUAAAAGAGGUUUUAAAAAUGUCUAUUGUAAUGUUUUUGAGCUGAGUUGCGUUAAGGUGUUUGGCAUAUAUUAGACUUUCCGCGUCUUCCUGGAGUAACAGCCCUAAAAACAAAGUUUGAUUUGAAAUAUAUAAACAAUAUAGGUUCGGAAUUAUUUUCGAAAGAUAUGUACCUGCAAAACUGGCAGAUACGAAACACACUAUGCUACCAACAAUAAAUGCACGCAUUGCAACCGAUGUUAUAAUGUAUCGUCUAUUCGGCGCCAUCGCGCUCAGUGUGCCAAUGAGUAUGCCCAGUGAGCUUGGAUUUGCAAAGCCACAGAUGGCAAAUGUUGAUAUGCUAAUGCUGCGAGCCUACGCAAAUGAAAAUGCGAAUAAAUGCAUUUAAUUAUUAAGUUAUAUGUAAAUAAUAGGCAUUUGGACGAUUAAUACUCACCUCGAGGUCACCGUUUUUUAUGUAUUCUCCCAAACGCUCAUAUGCUACAAAUUCGUUGAUUAUUGUCUUAGUGGCCACAAUUUUUGCCACAAUAUCACAGUCCUUGGAGGGCACACCCAUGGCCCAAGCCAGCGGGAUAAAUAGUUUGGAAAAUAGCCAUUCGAAAUCAACGUCUUCCAAUCCAACCAAAAAGCUGAACCAGUUUACCACGGCAUUAAGAAAUGCUACAAAGGCGACAAAGGCGACAAUGUUGGCGGCAAUACCCAAAACGAUGGGUAUUGCGGAACUAGCUCCAUUUGAUGCCGCAUCCAGUAUAGAUGAGUCUUCUCUUUACGUACACAUAUACAUGCAUGUAAUGGAAAGAUACAAACAUAAUUUACCGUAUUAUAGUUUUAUAAGCAUUUUCUUUAUUUAUAUAGAAAUAAAAUAAUAUCCAAUAUAAUUGCAAAAAAAUCUGAGCAAAUAUACAAAAAUUACACUAACAUUUCAUA